AGGCGGCCGGGGGCGGCGAGCGGGGCCGAGGGUGCCCACCGACUCCAGCGCCGACGGUCAGCCCCAGCGGGCCGGAGUUCUCCAGCGCCGGGACAGGGGCGUGUGGGGCGCGCCCUGGCAGGGGCCUUGUCCCAAGACCCGGGGCGCGGCGGCCCGGCCAGGAGGUCCGGCCGCGAGCGUGACCUCACGGGGAGGGGCCAGCGCGGCGGCCUGGGCGCGGAGCCGACAGCCGGGAGAGCAGCGCCGGAGCCGAGCGGCGAGGAGCGCACUCCGUGGCUCCGAUGGAGCGGUACAAAGCACAGGGGUGUUGCUGUCUGGUGGUACAGAGAAGGAUCCGGCAGGUUUCUGCAUCCCUGGAGCAGCUGCUGACAGAGUUGGAUGACUUCCUCAAGAUCCUGGACCAGGAGAAUCUGAGCAGCACAGCGCUGGUGAAGAAGAGCUGCCUGGCGGAGCUCCUCCGGCUUUACACCAAAAGCAGCAGCUCUGAUGAGGAGUACAUUUACAUGAACAAAGUGACCAUCAAUAAGCAACAGAAUGCAGAAUCUCAAGGCAAAGCGCCUGAGGAACAGGGCCUGCUGCCCAAUGGGGAGCCCAGCCAGCACUCCUCGGCCCCUCAGAAGAGCCUUCCAGACCUCCCACCACCCAAGAUGAUUCCAGAACGGAAACAGCUCACCAUCCCAAAGGUGGAGUCUCCGGAGGGCUACUAUGAAGAGGCUGAGCCAUACGACACAUCCCUCAAUGGUCACUCUGGCAGAUUUCUCCCCACUGGAGUCCCCAGAUGGGUGCAGGUGCCUGAAGGAGUCAUUUACGCCACGAUCACCUUGGAGGACGGAGAGGCUGUGAGCAGCUCCUACGAGUCCUACGACGAAGAGGACGGCAGCAAGUGCAAGUCGGCCCCCUACCAGUGGCCAUCACCGGAGGCUGGCAUCGAGCUGAUGCGUGACGCCCGCAUCUGCGCCUUCCUGUGGCGCAAGAAGUGGCUGGGACAGUGGGCCAAGCAGCUCUGUGUCAUCAAGGACACCAGGCUUCUGUGCUACAAAUCCUCCAAGGACCACAGCCCUCAGCUGGACGUGAACCUGCUGGGCAGCAGCGUCGUUCACAAGGAGAAGCAAGUGCGGAAGAAGGAGCACAAACUGAAGAUCACGCCUAUGAACGCCGACGUGAUCGUGCUGGGCCUGCAGAGCAAGGACCAGGCCGAGCAGUGGCUCAGGGUCAUCCAGGAAGUGAGCGGCCUGCCUUCUGAAGGUGCAUCUGAAGGAAACCAGUAUACUCCGGAUGCCCAGCGCUUUAACUGCCAGAAACCAGAUAUAGCUGAGAAGUACCUGUCAGCUUCAGAGUGUGGGAGCUCCAUGGAUGGCCACCCUGACGUCCCAGAAACCAAAGACGUCAAGAAGAAAUGUUCCGCUGGCCUCAAACUGAGCAACCUAAUGAACCUGGGCAGGAAGAAAUCCACCUCACUGGAGCCUGUGGAGAGGUCCCUCGAGACAUCCAGUUACCUGAAUGUGCUGGUGAACAGCCAGUGGAAGUCUCGCUGGUGCUCUGUCAGGGACAAUCACCUGCACUUCUACCAGGACCGGAACCGGAGCAAGGUGGCCCAGCAACCCCUCAGUCUGGUGGGCUGCGAGGUGGUCCCAGACCCCAGCCCUGACCACCUGUACUCCUUCCGCAUCCUCCACAAGGGCGAGGAGCUGGCCAAGCUUGAGGCCAAGUCUUCCCAGGAAAUGGGCCACUGGCUGGGUCUCCUGCUGUCUGAAUCAGGCUCCAAGACAGACCCAGAAGAGUUCACCUAUGACUAUGUGGAUGCCGACAGGGUUUCCUGUAUUGUGAGUGCAGCCAAAAACUCUCUAUUACUGAUGCAGAGAAAGUUCUCAGAGCCCAACACUUACAUCGAUGGCCUGCCUAGCCAGGACUGCCAGGAGGAGCUAUAUGAUGACGUGGAACUGUCGGAGCUCACAGCUGUGGUGGAGCCUACCGAGGAAGCCAUCCCUGCUGCGGAUGACCCAAAUAAGAGAGAAUCUGACCGAGUGUACCUGGACCUCACACCUGUCAAGUCCUUUCUGCACGGCCCCAGCAGUGCACAGGCCCAGGCUUCCCCGACCUUGUCCCGCCUGGACAAUGUGACUGAGUCCCUCCCUGCAGAUCCAGACCCAGGUCCCACCCCAGAUGAGCCCUGCAUAAAGUGUCCAGAGAACCUGGAGGAGCAGCAGCUGGAGAGUUUGGAGCCUGAGGAGCCUUCCCUGAGAAUCCCCACUGUCAAAAUCCAAACUGAACAGCAGAGAAUCUCCUUCCCACCAAGCUGCCCCGACACCCUGGUGGCUACCCCGCCUGGUGCCAGCCCACCUGUGAAGGACAGGUUGCGCGUGACCAGUGCAGAGAUCAAGCUUGGCAAGAAUCGGACAGAAGCUGAGGUGAAGCGCUACACAGAGGAGAAGGAGAGGCUUGAAAAGAAGAAGGAGGAAAUCCGAGGGCACCUGGCUCAGCUCCGGAAAGAGAAACGGGAGCUGAAGGAGACCCUAUUGAAAUGCACAGACAAGGAAGUCCUGGCCAGCCUGGAGCAGAAGCUGAAGGAAAUUGACGAGGAGUGCCGGGUCGAGGAGAGUAGGCGCGUGGACCUGGAACUCAGCAUCAUGGAGGUAAAGGACAACCUGAAGAAGGCUGAGGCGGGACCUGUGACGCUGGGCACCACCGUGGACACCACCCACCUGGAGAACGUGAGCCCCCGCCCCAAAGCUGUCACACCCACCUCCGCCCCAGACUGUACCCCAGUCAACUCUGCAACCACGCUCAAGAACAGGCCUCUCUCGGUGAUGGUCACAGGCAAAGGCACAGUCCUCCAGAAAGCCAAGGAAUGGGAGAAGAAAGGAGCAAGUUAGAAAACAAGCUUCAACUAAAGACUCUCAUGUCAAUAUGGACCUUGGUGACAAUCCUGCUUUGUUAAAGCAAAAACUCUGCAAAAAGCUGAGUCUGUUUAGAAGAAAAAGCAAGGACUGAAGUGCUGUGAAUGGAGAGCUUCAGCUAAGAGGAGGCUCUGUCCCUUUUCAGAGCCAAAGGAAAUAAUACAACAAAAAAAGAUGAUGCUUCUUUGGAGACCUAAGUCUAUUGGACGUAAACAAGACAUUGUAUUUAGGGAUGCUCUGUGUUUCUUUUUUGAAGUUUUCAUCAAUUGCUUUAUCAAGAUUUUAAAAUAGUAAAAACCUUCUCAUGUUUAGACUUUGGUGGAAGAUGAAUCAAGGAAGCAGGGCCCUGUUUUAUGGGUCAUGUGGCUUUGGUGAGUGAGAAGACCAUCAUCUCUUAUCUAAUACUUAGCAGUUGGGGAUUAAACCAUCUUUGCCUUCACUUCUAAUAUAACCAGGCCCAACUCAGUCCUCAGUGAUUUUUAAACAGCAUUGAUGUCAUCUAUAAAACCAUCUAUGACAUGAGUUUUGAGAAACGGUAACGGGGAAAAUAUUUG